CAUUCGGCAUCUCUAAUCGACGACAACCGAACUUCGCCAGCUUCAGUCUUUGUCGCAUUCUUCAAUCGACCACCCGUUUGCCAAAAUCGACCGCCGCCAGCAUCAGUAUAGUCGCCGUCCGAUGAGGCAAAGAGGAGGAAAAUAAUCAAUAUGGCGAAAGAAGUAACGCUACUGGGGAUGUGGGCGAGUCCUCUUGCUCUCAGAAUUGAAUGGGCGCUGAAACGCAAAGGAAUCAGCUACGAAUACAUAGAUGAAGAUCUCUUCAACAAGAGUGAGCGCCUUCUCAUGUACAAUCCAGUGCACAAGAAGAUCCCUGUGCUUUUGCAUGGAGGAAAUCCCAUUGCUGAGUCACUAGUCAUUCUUGGAUAUAUCGAUGAAACUUGGACUCAGAAUCCAAUUCUGCCAGAGGAUCCUUAUCAGAGAGCUAUGGCAAGGUUUUGGGCUAAAUUUGGAGACGACAAGAUUUGGACAAUUUACGUCAAAAUUUUCUCGAAGACUGGAUUUGAACUCGAAAACAUAAGAAAUGAAGCUGUAGAAAACCUGAAGAUUCUUGACAAGUUACUUGAUGGAAAGAAGUUCUUCGGUGGAGAGUGUGCCGGAUUCUUGGACAUCGUGUUUGGAUGGAUUGCAUAUUGGACUCCCUUUUGUGAAGAAAUAACUGGUUUGAACUUGAUUGAUAAAACUUCAAUGCCAAAUCUUGAAGCAUGGUCCAAGAAUUUUCUUGAAGUUUCAUGGGUGAAAGAGAUUUUACCUCCUCCAGACAAAUUGCGUUCUAAUCUCCAAGCUUUUAGAAAGCAUGUUGUGGCUGCGUCAAAUUCCUGAAGAAACUUCCAUUGUCCUUUAGCAAUAUGUAAUGUUAUAUGUGUCAUUCAGAUCACAUUACGUGACGAAUUAUUUAGGAUUUGUAUCACAGUAUUAAUCUAUCUUAAUUAAUAAAAAAUGCCAUAGGGGCAUAUGUGA